GUCGGACAUGUUUUCUCUGCCAUUGCGCUUUGCGCAGUCCACGUUUUGUGUCAAUGGGAGAGGUCAAUGGUUUAUAAUUUGCGAGCUAGUUUUUGAUAAUUGUCUGACGAAUUUGAGUAAAUAGAAAAAAUUUUUUCAUACUGGUGAAAAAAGCAUUUAAUUGUCCCCUUAGCCAAAUAGGGACGGGUGCAUCGAGGAAAAGAAGAAAAAAGCAUCUUUAAGCAAUUCAUAAAAACAACAUCAAUCUGAGAUACAAGGAACAUGGGGAAACAUGAAGUAGGUACCCCAAAAUAUAUUGCCAACAAGAUCAAGGCAAAAGGCUUGCAAAAGUUAAGGUGGUACUGUCAGAUGUGUCAAAAGCAAUGCCGGGAUGAAAAUGGAUUUAAAUGUCACACCAUGUCGGAGUCGCACCAUCGUCAACUUUUGCUGUUUGCUGAAAACGCGCACCGGUACAUGGAUCAGUUUUCUAGAGAUUUUUCACAGGGAUAUCUAAAUUUAUUGAAGAGGCAAUUUGGCACUAGACGAGUGCCGGCGAAUCGAGUGUACCAGGAAUACAUUUCUGACAGAGGACAUAUACACAUGAAUGCAACUCAGUGGCUUACUUUGACAGCAUUUGCAAAAUGGCUUGGACGUACUGGACAGUGCGUUGUCGAUGAAACUGAAAAAGGUUUGUUUAUAACAUACAUCGAUAGAGACCCUGAGACACUCGCUGCACAGGAAAAAAAAGCAAAGAAAGAAAAAAUGGACAAAGAUGAUGAGGAGCGACUUAUGGAUUUCAUUGACAAGCAAAUAGAAAAGGCAAAACAAAGUACAAAUGAAGAGGAAGGUGAAACGUCUAAGACACCACUGGUGCGCCCUGAGAACGAUACACCUUUGGUUCUCGACAUAAAAUUAAAACCAAAGCCCAAGUUACUUCCUGUAUUUCAAAUAAAACAGGAAAAGGUAAAAAGUGAAGAUCAAAACAAAUCAGUUUCAAGCAAAUUAAUUAGUGAAAAAGAUGAAAAACCAAAAAGAUCCAGUAAUGAUGAUGAAACAAAGUCUGUUAAGAAGUUAAAAAAUGAUAAUUCUCCUGCAACUGAAGGCUGGCUUAGGGAAGGUUUAAUGGUCAAAAUAACCACGAAGAGUCUAGGUGAAAAAUAUUAUAAAGCUAAAGGUGUCGUUCAAUCAGUUGGAACAGACAGUUUUGUUGGUAAAGUAAAAUUGAAAACACCGGAUGAAGUUAACGGACAUGUUAUACGGUUAGAUCAAGAAUACUUGGAAACAGUAAUUCCCGCGAUAGAUAAAGAAGUUCUGAUUCUUUGGGGAAAGCAUAAAGGUGCGAGAGCAAUAGUUAAGAAAUUGCAUAUAGAGCAUUAUAGUGUAGAUGUCGAACUAAAAAAUAAUAAGAAAAUUGUGCAGAAACUUCCAUAUGAACAAGUGUGCAAGUAUAUAGAUUGAGAAAUAAUUGUGUGUGGAGAAAAAGUAUUAGAAAAAAGAUACUGUAUAUUAGUAUUAGUGGUAACAUUCUAUAAUAUAGAUAAUUGCAUUAUCCCGAAGAGCACCUGUGUACAAAUUUAACAGCUGAAUAAGAAGUAUCAACCUUGUACAUAAGGACUUAUUCGUGCAAACUUGUAUAACCACAUAAUGUAAGUGCAAAGAAAAUUAACUUUUAUGAUAUCAUCGAUGAAAAACUAUUAAAAACCAAUAAUUUUACAGAAGUUUAUGUGACUGUUAAAAUUUAAUUUUUAAACCAAACUGUUUUCUAUGUCCGCGCCCAAUUAAAUUAUUUUAAUGAGCUCAAAAAAUUCUGAAAAAAAUCAGGAAAGUUUAUUGAAGUGUAAACUAAUUGUCCCAACCGUUUAUUGUAAUAAAAGUUGUUUAUAAUAUUUAAUUUUUGUUUUGUGAGAGAAAAAAUCUCAAAUAGUUGAACAAAAAUGAUCAAGAGUUUUUUGGGGGAUUGAGUAAUUAAUUGAUAAUAUAGCAUUAAUUUUAUUAUUCUGAUAUUUUCUUAUAUAUAUUAUUCUGAUAAACAACAUAAGCACUAUAGCAUUCUUAUGAUAGAUUAAAUUAAUUAAUAGACUUAGAAGGUAAUUUGCUCUAUGCAAAUGUAUUAUACAAGUUUGCAUAGGUCUCAUAUAUGUAAAAUAAUGUACAUUAAUAUUAUAUAAAAUGAUAUAAAUUUUACAUACAAUAUAAGAAAAAUUUUUUGUGUGAAACGUUUAAGACAAACUCUUUUAUUGAAUAUACAUUUUUAUAUUAUAUUUCAUUAAAUACAUAUCAGUGUUUAUAUACAUUACAAAUAGAAUGUAAAAUUAGAAUGUAAUUAGGGAUUUUAUCAUCCAUACAAACAAGAACGUCAUGUCAUAAUUUAAAUAUUAAAUUCUGGAAUAAUCGAUUUUUUAAUUAAAUAUCAAAUUUUUUAAAUUAAGAAAUAAUAUAAUAAUACUUUAUUCUCUUCAGCAGUACAAAAUUACCAAGAAGGGGAAAAAUUAAGAAAUAAUGUGAAAAAUAAAAUAGUUUUAUUUAAGAAAUAAAUAAAUAAAUAAAAUUUUUUAUAAGAA